AUGCGUUUUCUACUUCCCUUCUUUGCGGUCGUCACGGUCGCUUGCGCAGCUGUCGUCCGCCGGGAUUUGGGUACGGCGGGCGAUGUCGAAGUCUCCAAUGGCCUGUCCGGCACUCUUUCUGCUGCUCCUCCAGUGGUUAUUCUGAGGGAGGCCAUUCCCGAUCCAGCCGACGUCGAAGAAUCCUUGAACAGCGCCCGAGAUGACAAGGAUGUCGUCAAACUUUUCGUAAAGAAAGGCACCAAGGGACAAUAUUACCGUUACACCAAACGAGACACAGAUGACUACAUUUGCAUGAACUAUCAGCGCCUAGUCCAUGAGGAGAUUCUCUCAAUUCGACAAGAGGUGCCCCCGCGCAAGAAGGGCCACGUUCGCUGCGAAUACUACGCGGAUACAGAUUGCGGGACCGCUUUCGGAAAGAUGACGCAUGAGGACGAAUGGGCACAAGGAGAUCUCUCUAAGGAACCUCGUAAGGCUCCGGGCGAAGACCCAAUUCUCGGUGACUGGGCAGACCGCAUUCGCAGUGUGCAAUGUUUCUGGAUCCGCGCCGCCGCACGAAGGGCCGAAGAAUCUGGGUCUUUGACCCCGAUCAGUGUUAGAGACAAUACCGACGUUGUCGAGCUCCACACCAAGUUGGGCAAUAAAGGACGGUACUACUACUACUCAGCUGGGAGCACUGACGACUAUAUUUGCAUGAACUUCAAGCUCAAGAAAGGUGACAGCAUUCUCUCAGUCCGUCAAAGGCGAUUCCCUAACCACAGCAACGUGCGCUGCGAAUACUAUGCGGAGGCGGACUGCGGGGCCGCUCAAGGUCAACUGACGCGAACGGGCGAUUGUGAACAAGCAGAUCUCGAGGCCGAAUUUCGCAAGACUGGCGACAUAGUUCUCGGUAGUUGGAAAGACCAGAUAAAGAGCGUUCAAUGUUUCUGGGUUCGCAGUACCGUACGAAGUACCGAAGAAACUGGUUCCCCUCUCGAGUUCGCGAACGCGCACGACGACGUUUCCGAUACCUCAGAUGUACGGGCACUUGUCGACGAUACUCCCAUUACGAAGGAUCUGGAACUUCGCGAUGCGUUGAAUGACGAUAAUGUCUUGACUCGCCUCUACGACGCAGAAAACUUCAUUGGCCGUCAACUCGCACAUGCUACGCAGAAAGACGCUGAGCGAGAAUAUUGCAUCAAGACAAACCUGGAGAAGGGAGUCUUCAUCCGCUCCAUUCGACAAAACAAGGACAGCGAGGAUUCCUGGUUCGUCUGCUGGUACUACGACGACGACCACUGCAACAGCGACUGGAACCCGCACGGCGUAUUCGACCCGAUCUACCUCGAGCGUGAUGCAUCUAUCCAAUUCAACUUCGCGUACAAGAUUAUGUCUUUCAAGUGCCGAUACUCCGACCCCAGCAAACGAGCUGCGGGUUCUGGCUAG